AUGAUUUCCCAACUUGCAUCCCUUCCAUACGACGUGCUGACGCUUAUUGCCGCGGCCAGCACCCUCUUGAUCUUGUAUUAUCUGCUCUGGGAUCUUUUUAGCCCUCUACAUGAUGUCAAAGGCCCAACGCUCACUCGAUAUACUCGUCUGUGGGAGUUGUACAAGAACUGGCAAGGGCAAUUGGAACAUGUGACAGUCGCUUUACAUGAACAAUAUGGUCCUAUUGUCCGGCUGGCACCAAAUCGGUACAGCAUUAGCGACCCGACUGUAAUUCGCACUAUUUACGGCCCCGGCUCCAAGUUCAGCAAAUCCGAUUUCUACAGCCCCUUUGGUUCGACUUCUGGCCACAAGGAUGUCUUUUCUGAGACAAUCAAUGAGAAGCAUGCACUAGAACGCAAAAAGAUCUCCAACAUGUACACCAUGAGCUCUUUGUUGUCCUAUGAGCCAUUCGUAGACAAAGUGAAUGGUGAAUUCAUGGCCGCGUUAGCCGACCAUGCCCAGCACGGGAACGUUUUCGAUUUGUUCACCUGGAUGCAAUUUUACGCAUUCGACGUGAUUGGCGAGAUAACCUUAGGGCGAUCAUUUGGCCUGAUCGAAGCCGGUCAUGACAAGGACGGGCUUCUGCAUGCUGUCCAUGUCGCGUCGAUAAGUUACGGUUCCAUGGUUGGGCUUGUUCCUGAGAUUCAUCCAUGGUACCACUGGUUUCAGAGCGUCGUACCCAUCAAAAGUCAUUGGAAAGUCACAGAAGGAGUUAUAGAGAGGGAGAUUGGUGACAGAAUGAAGGGUGUUAGUACCAGCAAUCGCCAGGACUUUCUAGCGAAGUGUGUCGAAUUGAACAAAGCUGGCAAGUUGGAUCAGUCCACGAUCAAUAAUGUGAUUAGUGGUAACAUCGGUGCUGGCUCUGACACAACUGGCAUCAGCAUGAGUGCUAUCGUCUACUUUCUCAUGAAGCAUCCGGAUUGCUUAAAGAAGCUCCGUGAUGAAAUUGAGACGGCGGCUGGGCAAGGAAAUCUUUCGAACCCCGUUACUUUCCAACAAGGUCAAAAGCUUUCAUACUUGCAAGCUACCAUCAAAGAGGCCUUGAGGCUGCAUGCAGCAGUCGGCCAGAUUCUCAGCAGAGUGGUUCCUGAGGGCGGCGCAGAGAUCGCGGGUAAACACUUCCCACAAGGUACCGUGGUGGGCGUGAAUGCAUGGGUGAUCCAUAGUGAUGAAAGCAUCUGGGGCAAAGAUGUACGCGAGUUUCGACCUGAGCGUUGGUUGGUUGGCAAAGAACAACUUGCGUUCUUAGAUCGCAAUUUCUUAGGGUUUGGUGCCGGCGCAAGGACAUGCAUCGGUAGGAACAUCUCACUCCUCGAAAUGACGAAACUUUUACCGCAACUCGUGCGGCGGUUUGACUUCGUCCCUGCAGGUGACAGCCAGUGGACUACUAGUAGUGGGUGGUUUGUCAAGCCAAACAUUCAAGUAAAAGUCAUUGACAGAGAACAUGAGACCAAAAGAUCUCUGGCUUGA